AAACGGAGCCCAAAAAUCGUUUUUCCGCGUUUCCGUGUUUAAAAUUCAGCUGAAAAUCCCAAAAGUGGUGUGUUUUAAUACAGGAAAUGACAAACGGCAAAAUGGGCAAGGCUUCCGCUGCAAAUACGAACGUGGAAAACCCUACCGAGGCGUCUCCGGCAAACAUGAACGAGGCCUAUCGGCGAGGCUGCAGGCUGCUGCACGAGAAAUGCAAAGCGAUUCAACGAAGCAACGAGCGGCUGGUGUUUAGGUUACACAAAGUUCGUAAAAUGACCAAAAGCCGCACGCGAGAUGUUGAGCUGCUGAAGGCCCGGUUGGAUUCCCACCACGACGACUGGAGGACGGCUCCCGAUCCGACCGAUAUUAAGGAGGAAGGAGAAGAGUAAAUAAGUUGUAAAAAUGCGUACUUUCCAUAUUUUAAGCGAUGCUGUGUUAUGUUAAUAAUAAAUACAAUGCUUUUAAAU